CCCUCAAAAUGGCGGCCACCACAAUGGUUCGUGCAAAGCUAACUUCAUUUAACAUUUUAAGCAAUCAUUCUUGGUGUGCCCUCCUCAUAAGAAACCCGAAUGUGUGCCGUUCGCUUUCACUCUGUAGCAGAUAUUUCAGCUCUGAGAAAAACAAUUCCUAUACUGGAAAAAUAACAGAGUCUUCAACCGCUGCUCCAUUUGCACCCAGAAAUCUAUUCGAAGUAUUCGCAAGUAACGAAAAUUUAUUGACUGAGGGGAAAGAAGACUUGAAUAUUUUAUCUAGAGAAGAUCUUGAACUAGAGUUGAAGAGACAAGGACGGCGACAAAGAAAUAAACGUAUCAAAGUUGAUCCCAGCAAAGUGGCUUGGACAAGUGGGUCAAAGCGCGUGGGAGCGAUUGGUAUAAAACUUGGAAUGUCAGCUUUGUGGUUGAAAGAUGGUCGAAGAGUGCCUGUCACUCUCGUGCAGAUCAAAGAAUGUGAGGUGAUUCAAGCAAGAACAUCAAAAUCUCUUGGUGGUUCAGAUCCUCAAACAGAGUUACAAGUUGGUGCAGUAAAUGACCACGAGCUGCAUAAGGUUAGUAAAGCACAGUAUGGCCAUUUUAAGAGAUUUGGUGUUCAACCUAAGAAGAAAGUCUUUAGUUUUCCUGUCACAAGAAAUGCACUUCUCAAACCAGGUACACCAAUAUAUGCAGCUCACUUUUAUCCAGGUCAAUUUGUCAAAGUCCAAGGUGUCACAAAAGACCAUGGAUUUCAAGGUGUAAUGAAAAGAUGGGGRAUGAAAGGUCAGCCACAGAGUCACGGUCAGUCAAAAACUCACAGAAAAAUGGGAGCAUCAGGGGGAGGUCAGGAUCCUGGAAGAAUUUGGCCUGGUAAAAGAAUGGCAGGUCACAUGGGUCUCAACAAUUGUACACUCUUUGCUGUCAAGAUCCACCGAAUAAACACGAAAUACAAUGUACUGUAUAUUCAGGGUCAGUGUCCAGGUCCCAAGGGUGGAUUUCUCAAGAUCUGUGAUGCAUGGAAACAACACAAGACACCACCUCCAUUCCCAACGUAUUUUCCUGAUGACGAAAAUCCUAUCAAAGAAGAUCUGUAUGCUGAAAAUAUACAACCUUUUCAUGAGGACUCUAUUUUCUUCGAAGAAAAGAAAGUUAGAAGAGGAAGAUGAUGAAACCCUUUCAAUGUACUUAGCUACAUGUACAAGACUGAAAUACACUUUAGCUCAAGCUACAUUUUAAUUCAUUUGUUGCUGAAACAUAUUUGGUUGGUUUUAACUUGUUCCUAAAGUUAGUAAUUUAAAAUUUGUCUGUAAAAUCUCCCAGCAGCAAGUUGACUUGAUUUCUUGAGUGUGAUAAGAGUUCUCUCAAAUCAGUAGUACCGGUUAAUACUUUGUAUCAGUUGCAGUCAAACAUUCUGAAUGGAAGUACCAAACAACUCAACUACAUUUGUACAUUAAAUCAAAAUCUUUGUUGUGUUAUCAAAA